UUUCAGCCAGAGGACAGGGAAAGAGCAAGAAAUAAUUAUUAAUUGCUUUCUGCUAUCAUGUGAUCUUCUCGAAUUUAUCUUCCAAAACGCAACCACUUCUCAGAAGUCUUUAGAACUAUAUGACCUAUUGCAAAACACACGCCUUGGUGCUUGCAUGGGCCAAAUGGAGCUGAGCUCAGUGUUGCUCAGAACAGGCCGGUUUGGCAGUGAAACUUAGAAACUCAGCUAGAGCUAGGAAGAAAGAUUGAAAAGGUUGAAGCACAGGAUGAAGAUUUAUUUCGAUGCUUCCAGGCCAGACCACCAGGAAGCUUUAAGAGCACUGUGGUCUGCCACAUAUCCUGAUAGGAAGCUUCACGGUUUGAUAUCUGAUCAAUGGAAAGAAAUGGGAUGGCAAGGAAGAGAUCCAUCUACUGAUUUCAGAGGAGCUGGAUUCAUUUCUUUGGAGAACCUGUUAUUCUUUGCCAAAACAUUUUCGACAUCAUUUCAACGUUUACUAAAAAAGCAGGGAGGAAAGCGAUCUGCUUGGGAGUAUCCAUUUGCUGUUGCUGGUGUAAAUAUCACUUUCAUGAUCAUGCAAAUGCUUGACCUUGAUGCCUCAAAACCUAGGACAUUUGUCAGAUCAGUUUUCUUACAAAUGCUGUCAGAAAAUGAAUGGGCUUUUGACUUGCUCUAUUGCGUGGCUUUUGUGGUCAUGGACAAGCAAUGGCUGGAAAGGAAUGCAACAUACAUGGAGUUUAAUGAUGUAUUGAAAUCCACAAGGGCUCAAGUGGAAAGAGAACUUCUAAUGGAUGAUGUCCUACGGAUAGAAGACAUGCCUUCUUACGCCCUUCUCUCUUAACAGAAACUAUCUAAUGUUCAAUUUGGUUUGUUUGCUGAAGUUGCUUUUUUUGUGCUUGCUUUUUUUGCUUUUAAGAAAAAAAAAAAACAACUUUAGCAAGUUAACCAAACAAAGAGUUUCAUGCUGGACUAGUUUAAGGCCACUGAUUUAUUUUAGCCUUGAAGUUGUAAAAUCCCUCUAAUCAUGUUUCUUUA